AUAGCCUUGUGCCUGGAAUCAAAUCGAAGAUUGGCAUCCAUUGUACCUGAUCGGCUGCUUUUCAGAAGGGAGUUCGUUAAUUUUUGUAUUUUGAUGCCGACAAAUAUUAAAAAAUAGUGACCCUCGAACGGUUUUAAUUAAAGGCUCUUUUUAUCGGAAACGUUAUCAUGGGACUGUAGUGUAAAUUAUUCCGAACCAGGGACUCUAUACGAUUCAGUUUGUGUGAAAACCGACGGCGUUUUUCUGAACGGGACAUGUUUUUAUUUUUAUUUUUGUAACUCCGUUUUCCUUUUCCCGGAAGAAAAAUUUUGUAUAAGACAUGCAGCCAUGGAACCAGUGGGGAGUUCAGGCCAAUUCUUACUCCAUGCCUGGCUAUCCUUCGCCAAUACAGUCUGCAUUGGCCCAAGCUGGAAACGUGGGCGCUGCAGCAUCGACCGUUCCUCAGUAUUCUGUACCUUAUCAAUGGCCUAACUAUACUCAGCCAGGCCCUGCCAGUGCUGGUGUUAAUGCUUGGCAGCAACAGCAGCAGCAAUGGGAUCAGUGGCAGCAGUGGCAACAACAAUACCAACAGUGGCAGCAACAAUACGGAAAAGAAUACAUGGCAGCAGUGCAAGCUGGACAAACAACAGGAGUACCUGCACCGCCCCCAGAACAGCCAAAAACUCCAUCUACAACAGCGCCACCACAGGUUGGUUCAAAUAAGAGGCCGCCCGCAGAUGUUGAAGCUAGUGCAGAUAAUAAAAAACAAAAAACUGAUGACACUGCUUCUGCAAUUCAAUCUGUCAAGUCAACAUUAGAGGAAAUGGCAGAAGCAGAGAAACAGUUUGAUGAACAAUUUAAUAAUUGGGAAUCACAAUUUAAUUCCUGGAGGGAGGAAAAUGCAAAUCAUCCUGACACGGAACAAUACAAAGCUUAUGAAUCAAAAUGGACUAGCUGGAGAACUCAGUUACUUCAGAGACGAGAGCAGAUGAAAAAAAAGCGAGAUGCUAAAUUAGCAGAGCUAGAAAAAUUGCAGGCUCAGCAGACUCAACAUCCUGCUUCAACUGCUGGAACAGCAGCUAGCACAACUGUAACUUCAUCAACUUCCACUGUACCUUCUUUGCCAUCGGCCACUGUACAUCCAUCUGGGGCAAAUCCAUAUCAACCGGGGCUCUAUGGAAACAUGUCUUUCCCUAUGGGUUUUAACCAACAAGGUUAUAUGUUCGGGCAGGGAGGGCAGAUGUUCCCACCUGUUCCACCUCCAGUAAUGCCCCCUUCGGCAUUACUCACUGGAGAUUCAGCUGCCAUUGGAAUGAACAUGUCUUCAAUGCCACCCACUUCUGUUCCCCCUCCAACACAACAUGAAUCUUCAGCUUCUUUAUCAGAUCCUCAACAGGCGAAAUCACUUCUUGGUGAUGCCACAAAACUUUCAAGCGGAAGUAAAACAAACGAUGGUGGAAUUCCUGGGCUGGACCUUAUUAAUUCUGGUAAUGAUGGAAAUGUAUCUAAUUACAAUUUGCCACCUAUGUCAUUGACCAAGACAGGUCAAGAGACGAUUCAAACUCCCGCUGACAGUAAACCAUUUGACUUUCCACCUCCUGGAAAAAUGCCUCAGGGUAUGAUGAAUCAAAACAAACCACCUCAAAUGAACAUGCCGCCUCCGUCGUUCAGGAAUCAGGGCAAUCCUAAUAAGAUGUUCCACAUGGGUGCAAAUCUUAAUCAACCUCCUCCCAUGACACAAAAUUCUGGAUCAGACCAUGGUCAUAUGGGGCAGUUUGAUAAAUUGGAUACUGAAGGGUUACCCAAUCUAAUAGGAAGAAACAUUCAAAAACCAGGAUCUGGCAAUAUGCCGCAAGGGCAAGAUUAUAAUUUCCACAAUCCUCCACCAAAUAGCUAUAUGAACAAAGAAGGUAAACAGGGUUUGAAUUUCAACCAAGGAAAUAAUUACAACCAACGAGGAAAUCAAACUCAAGGAGGUUUUAAUCCUGAUAAUAAAUAUAGUCAGGGAAACAAUUUCAGUCCGAAUAUACCAGGAGGGAAUAACUUCAACAACCAGGGUGGAGGGAACAAUUUCCCUCCUGGAGGAAAUAAUUACAAUUCUAACAACUACGGUUCUGGAAAUUUUAGUCAAGGGAACAACCAGUUCGGUAUGGGGCCCAAGUAUAACCAAAUGAACAAGGGAGGCAACUUUGGUAAUUCACAGGGAAGGCCAGAUUGGGGCGGUCCGAUGCAGAAACCAGCAUUGCUUCCAACCCCACUUUCUAACCCAUUGAAUUUUAAUUCAAAUCAAAGAAAUGACCAAAGCGGCAACUUUCCUGGCAAUGAUCGCUUGAGUUCACCUAUGAGAGGCUCUACUUCUUUUGGAAAUGAUGAACCUGGGUACAAUAAAUAUCAAAAUUUCCAGGACAAACCACAAAACCAAAAUGUCCAAGGUCUAAAACCGUUAUUUCCACAGGAUGGUCAUAAUUUCCCACCAAGUAACAGCAAUCUAGGACCAAAUUCUCUUACACCAGGGAAAGAUUUCAGAUAUCUCCCAUCUUCAUCGGACAGAGAAAGGGAUGAUUCUCUUAAAAAAGCCGACAUGCCAACCCACAUACCUGCUGUAAUAUAUGAUUACUACAAUCAACCAGCAAAUUUAGGUGUACCUGAAAUAUAUGAACCGUGCUCAAUGAUUGAUUAUGCUCAUGCUCCCAGCACAUUGCCUGAUGAACAUAAUUUUGAUGAGAAAGAACAUUGGAGGCAUGACCGAUUGGAAGAAUAUGGACGGCCAGGAAAUUGGGCAAGGGUUUCACGCCAUGACGAAAGGCCAUGGGAUGACAAAAAGGGUCGUGACGAUUACAGGACAAGGGAUAGGGAUGAUUUCAGAAGGGAGGAAUCAAGGAGACGAGACGACCGAGGUCGUGAUGAUAGACGAGAUGACAGAGGAAGGGCGUUAGACAGGGGAAGAGUUGAUAGAGGUGAUGAUAAAGGACGAAGAGAUGACAGAAGAAGAUUAGACAGAACACCUGAGGAUAAAUUUAGAGUUGACAGAAGAGAUAGAGGGAGUGAAAGGGACAGGAGAAUUCAUAAAAGGAGUCGGUCCCGGAGUAGAUCAAUGGAUAGAUCUCAAGAUCCUCACGUUAAGGUUCCUGAACCACCUACGUUGUCUUUAGAAACCUCUCAUCCACCACUGUCACAUUCCCAGUUAAAUGUGCUAAUUGAUGACCUGAUAUCAGAGCCUGGUAGAAAUUCCCGUCCUCCUAGAAUUGUUAUUAUAAUAAGGGGACCACCUGGAUCAGGAAAAUCAUUUUUAGCUAAAUUGAUCAAGGGAAGAGAGGUUCAAAUGGGAGGAUCUGCACCUAGAAUUUUAUCACUUGAUGAUUAUUUUAUGGUGGAAAUUGAAAAAAUAGAAACUGACUCAGAUGGAAGAAAAUCUGCCAAGAAAGUCAUGGAGUAUGAGUAUGAAGCAGCAAUGGAACCACAGUACCGCGAAUCGAUGGUUAAAUCAUUUAAAAAAACAUUGAACGAUGGAUAUUUUCCAUUUGUAAUAGUAGAUGCUGUAAAUAAUAAACUUCAUCAUUUUGAAGAAAUAUCGAGUUUUGCUAAGCAAAAAGGAUUUCAAGUGUAUAUUUGUGAGACUGAACUGGACCUUCAAUCUUGUCUGAAACGAAACGUGCAUAAAAGAUCGGAAAGUGAGAUAGAAGAAAUAAUUAAAGGGUGGGAAAAGACACCAGCCAUUGAAACAUUACUGGACAUCCGUUCUCUGUUACAAGAUGCAAGCAUAAUGGAGGUGGAUAUGGAAGACACAGAGGAAGUGAGCCAGGAUAACAAAAACGGAGAGGCGGAAGGAGCCCAAGGUGGAACAAAAGAUCAAGACGAGCCCCAGGAUUCUGAUCAAUUAGAUAAAGAUAUAGAAAAUGAAGAAUCUGACGUUCCAAAGCAGAGACUCUUGGCCACAACGCUUCAGUCUAUUACCAGCAAGUGGGAUGAUUUGGACAGCUCUAACUACAAAUUAGAUCGACUCGAUGGACUUUCAAAAAACAGAAGGCCAACAGCAACAAUCAAAGAUUGGCUUCAGCUUCCAGAGGACUACUUCGAGGAUUCCCAACAGGCCUCCCAGGUUCCGGGGGGCAAGAAGAGGGUUCGGUGGGCAGACUUGGAGGAGCGGCGAGAACAGGAGAAGAUGAGAGCAAUCGGGUUCGUGGUGGGCCAGACAGAUUGGACCAGAAUGAUGGAUCCUAACAGUGGGCAGCACAAGCUGGCUCAAACAAAAUAUAUUUGAACAGGAUCUCAAUUUUUUAGAAAGUAAUACUUCUAGAUGUUUACCUAGCAUUAAUAUUAAUAUACAAAUUUUCAUCCUUUACUCAUUUUGCUGUUUCCCACCAAAAAGGAACAAAACCUUUCUCAAGGGAUUCCAUCUGUUGGCCGUUUAUUUUUCAUUACCAAAUUAUUAUUUUUUAAGAAUACAAAAGAUAUAAUUUUUAUCCCUUACAUGUUCAUUUUUUUUUUAAGUUUUAAGGAGAUUCAAGAUGAACCGGUCAAUCAAUGUAUGACACAUUGAUUGUCAAGAAAAGAUUUUCAUUUAUUAUAAAUAAAUUUUCUUCGUGCAAUUUUAUUUUGUCUUAGAAUAAAAAUAAAAAAUACAUAUAUUUUGUAGACAGAUCGUCUUCAGUUAUCCUUGCCUGCCUAUUCUUGUUGGUUUUGCCUAUCAAGAUUCAUUUUGGCAUUACAAAAAUCAACCACCGAAGACUGAAUUGUCAAAAGAGUAGGCAGAAUAGGCUGAUUAGAGAUAAUCAAGCUAUAGGUUCAUUACCUCGCAGACCACAGUUUAUUAAAAUGAUAUUUAAACAAUCCAGAUUCAUGAAGGUUGGGUUAAGAGAAAAAGUAUAAUAAUUAUGUUUGAAUUUCAAAAUGAUCUUCCAGAGGAUGAUUUAAGUUAUUAUUCUGCCCACUUGUCUACCAAAUGAUAAAUUGUUCUAUAACGCAAUUUGUGUUUUAUAUUUAACACAUUUAAAUUUGUUUAUGAUUUAGAAUUUUUUUGUAAAUAAUCUUUCUUUAUAAAUAUCAGUCAAUGUAUUGUACUGUUUCAUUAUCUAAACACACUUAUGUUUAAUAUGAAAAUAACUUUAAUCAACUGCAGUCCCUUUGAAAUCAGAAUUUCGCACUGAUGUUUCAAUAGAAUCGAGUUUUAUUAUAUUUUUCAUAAACAUUGCA